AGACUAUAAAAGUCAAAACCUUCAUUACGACCAUCCAGACUAUUCUAUCCUAGUCAUGCUUGGACACUGAGUUAUACUCUGCUCUUUCUAUUUCUUUUUUUGCCAUAUAUGCUUUGACAUUCAGGACAAAUAAAAAAAUAUAUAAUAAUAUAACCGUAGGUGCAGAAAGUCAGUCUGGUUUGGGAAUAAAUUGAUCUCUAGUACUGAUGGGUGCUGUUUACAUGGUGGCUUUCUCUUCCCUCACUCUGGCAAUUAUGAUGUCUUUGCUGCCCCUAUUUUCAUUUCAGUCUACUGGCAAAAACUCGACAGUGUCCGUGGGCUCAAGCUUCAUCCAGGAGGCUUUGAGGAGAGCAAGAGAGCUGACUAAUGCUGCUUAUGCUCACACCAGUGAAAGGGUGAAGACAUCUGUGUCAGAAGGAUCCUUUCGGCCCACUGAUUUACUGGCCCAGUUUAAACAGAUUGGCUCUGGUACCCGGGCUCAUAUUAAUGCUGCAGAGCUGUUGGACAACACAGUGGAGGUCAUCAGAGAGAUGGUGUACACACACACUAUGUCUCAGCCUAAUCAUACUGACUUAUUGCAUGUGGAGGACAUGGAGACAUUGUUGGAGGCUACAGGUUGUUCCACAGAGAUGAAGAGACCCUUGUGCAAAUCUGACUGCCUGUCCAAGCGCUACCGUACCAUCACAGGCCAAUGCAACAACAGACAGAAUCCUCUACUGGGUGCAGCAAAUACACCAUACGCCCGGUGGCUUCCUCCAGAAUAUGAAGAUCUUCGUGGGGCACCAAGGGGGUGGAACACUGAACAUACCUACCACAACUUUACACUGCCUCCAGUUCGUGCGGUGUCUCAGGAGGUGUUAUACACUCAGAAUCAGAACAUAUCUCUGGAUGUGUCUCUGUCUCACCUGAUGGUUGAGUGGGGGCAGUGGAUUGACCAUGACUUUGCGCUGACCCCUCAGAGCCCCAGCACCACCUCAUUCAGAACCGGAACUGACUGCACUCGCACUUGUAACAGAGAUACACCAUGCUUCCCUAUUCAGAUACCACUCUCUGACCCUCGUACAGGUGUUCAGAACUGUAUGCCGUUUUUCCGCUCUGCUCCUAGCUGCACAGGUCUCUCAGCUGUGCAGAGACAUCGGGAGCAGUUGAAUGCCAUCACUGCUUUUGUAGAUGCCAGUAUGGUGUACGGCAGUUCAGAUUCACUCGCUCUCGCUCUCCGCAAUCUGUCCUCCCCACUUGGCCUUCUCACCCAUAACCAGCUGCACUCAGACCAGGGCCGUGCCUACCUGCCCUACCUGCCCCGCAAGCACACUCAACUGGACCCCUGCGGCCCACGCAAAGAUACCAAUACCAUCUCAAUCCUAAAAACAGCGAAGAACUCAACCAUGGGGAAUCUGUCCUUCUGCUUUCAGGCAGGUGACUCUCGUGCCAAUGAGCACUUGGGAAUGAUUGCUUUGCACACGCUGUUUCUGAGAGAGCAUAAUCGAUUGGCUGAGGAGCUGCACAGGCUGAACCCUCAGUGGAGCCCAGACACACUGUACCAAGAGGCCAGGAAGAUCCUUGGCGCUGUUCAUCAGGUCCUGACCUGGGAUCACUACUUGCCACGAGUCCUGGGCCACAGUGCAUACUCUGAGCUCAUGCCUGCAUAUAACGGUUACAACCCUGAGGUCGACCCCAGCAUCACCAACGCUUUCUCCACAGCGGCCUUCCGCUUCGCCCAUGUGACUGUGCAUCCCGUGGUGAACCGACUUGGGCCUGGGUAUCAGCUCCACCCUGAGUAUCCACCACUGCCCUUACACCAGUCACUGUUCGCAUCCUGGAGAGUGGUGGAGGAAGGUGGUAUAGAUCCAGUGCUGCGAGGUUUGUUGUUGUCUCCAGCAAAACUACAGGCUCCACAGCAGAUGAUGGUGGAGGAGUUGACGGAGAGAUUGUUUCAGGCUCAGGGGGGCCUGCCUCUGGACCUAGGGGCUUUAAACCUGCAGAGGGGACGAGACCACGGCCUUCCAGGUUACAGUGCAUGGCGUCAGAUGUGUGGCCUCUCAGUCCCGGCAAAUGAGUCACAGUUAAUAGGAACUCUGGGAAAUGCAGGUCUGGUGCGUAAGCUGCUUGACCUGUAUGGCACGGCUCAGAACAUUGAUGUGUGGGUGGGGGCCAUCUCAGAGCCAGCACUGCCGGGUGGGAGAGUGGGGCCUCUGCUAGCCUGCCUGCUGGCUAGACAGUUCAGAGCACUUAGAGAUGGAGACAGGUUUUGGUGGGAGCUAGAAGGUGUGUUCAGUGCUGCUCAGAGAUACUCUCUACGCACUGUGUCCCUGUCUCGUAUCAUCUGCGACAACACACACAUCCGCCUGGUGCCUUCAGACCCCUUCUCACGUACCCUCCACCCUGACCAGCUGCUGCCCUGCACACACACCAACAUCACACACUUCAACCUCUCUGCCUGGAAGGAGCCAGACACCGAUCCAGUGUGUGGAUCCAUCCCCAGGCUGAAGGUGGGUUUUUCUGUACUGUGUGAUUCUACAGUGCUGUACCAGUGUCCCACUGGCUAUCUGCUUCAUGGAGCCUCACACAUCACCUGCGACUCCAACACACACCUUUGGACCCCACUUCCCCCUACCUGUCAAGAUAUAGAUGAGUGCUCCAGGCAGCCUUCUGUCUGCCCUCCAAACUUGCAGUGCCACAACACACUCGGCUCCUUUAUAUGCUCAGAGUUUUCUGCUCCACUUUCUGCUUCCUCCAUCAUUGCUGCGGUCAUGGCAGUGCUGGCAGGAGUGGCCAUUAUAACCUUAAUCAUGAUCGGCUACAGAAGGUUUUUCCUCCAGAAGGCAGAACCUGUUUCCAGAGCAUGCUGUGAAAGAAAACAUUGAAUUGAGUUUCUUUUCAGUCAUGUUUACAUGUGCAUAUUCAACUUCUAAUGUUAUUUAUUAUUUAUUGUUUUUUUACCAGUAUAUCAACUCUGUAGAGAUUAUAGCCUCCAAAUAUGUGGUUUACUGUCGUAACAGUUGUGUACAGAUAUUAACUUGCUUAUCUCUUGCUUAUGCUGAAGUCACUUAUCAAGUUAUGUUUUGCUAGUUCGAAACAUGCCAUCAUCUUAUGGUCAUGAAUGUGUUAAAUAUUGAUAUUUCUUAAACAGAUAAAACAGCCUGGGGUCAAACUAACCAGUCAAAGAACACUGGUGCAAAUGUUUAUUUUUGUUUACUAGAUUCUCCUUGUUUAAUUAUAAAAAAUCAUAAAAUAUGAAUCGCACAAAUGUAUCUUUCAGAUAUAUAAACACUGAAUGGGGUCAAUAAACUGACCCUAAAGAUAAUAGGAGGGUUAACAAGCUUAUACCCAGGAAACCAAAAUGUUUACUUUUUACUAUUUUUUUUAUUUAUGUACAGCUCUGGUAAAUAUAGAGACCAUUUCAGUUUCUGAAUCAGUUUCUCUGAUUGUGCUAUUUAUAGGUAUAUGUUUGAGUAAAAUGAACAUUGUUGUUUUA